CAAACCCAAAAUCUCAAGUGUGUUUUGCUAAUCCUCGGUGCUCUCCCAUAAAAGAGCCUCCUUUUACCCACUUCGCUCCCCUCUCCUAUUCUGAAUACUCGUUGAAAUGGGAAACAGGGGACUCCCCUGCUUCUUCUUACUCCUCCUCUUGCUCCUCUUUGCUCCCCUUAGCUGUUCCCAAAGCUGCGACUCGAUCGAUUUGAAUGCGCUCCAGGGCUUUGCGGAAGGGCUCCAAUCGAGUGAUCUUGGGUGGAGCUUUAAUGGGAGGUCUUCUUCUUCAAAUUGCUGUACUUGGGUUGGGGUAUCCUGUGAUUUGGGCUCUGCUCUGGUGAAGAGGGUGAUUGGUUUGGAUCUCUCCAAUAAGAGUUUAAAGGGCUCUGUCUCUUCUUCUCUGGGUGGUUUAGACCAACUGAAGCAGCUCAAUCUCUCCAACAAUUCCCUUAAUGGAUCGGUUGCUGUGGAGCUAUUCAAUCUCCCCCACUUGGAGCUCCUCGAUCUUAGUAUGAACAUGUUAUCUGGGCUUAUGCCUGCAGAAUCGAACCUCCCCUCGAUUCGGGUACUCAACCUUUCUGUAAAUUUGUUUACCGGCAAGCACCUGAUCCUCGCCGGAUCGAGCAAUCUAUCAGCCUACGACGUCAGCGCGAAUAGCUUCUCGGGCUCCGUCGAUACAGGUAUCUGCAAUUCCUCUGAUUCCGUUCAACUCCUUCGGUUCUCAGCAAACAUGUUCUCCGGCAACUUCCCCGCCGGCUUCGGGAACUGCCGUUCCCUUUCCGAGCUCUCGCUCGAUACAAACGGCCUCACCGGAACUUUGCCUGAUGAUCUCUUUACACUAUCUUCAGUAACCCAACUAAACCUUCAGGAAAAUGCACUAUCUGGUACCGUGAGCAACAAAAUGAGAAACCUUUCCAACCUUGUUCAUAUAGAUAUUUCCAAUAAUAACUUUUCCGGGGCGAUCCCGGAUGUAUUUGAUAGCCUAAAUGAGCUAGAGUUCUUUAGUGCUUCAUCCAAUGAACUCAUUGGAGGUAUACCCCCUUCUUUGUCUAAUUGUUCAAGACUCACUACCAUCAGCUUGGGAAAUAACUCUCUUGGGGGGACCAUCGAUCUUAACUUUACCGCCUUGCCCAAGUUAAACACACUCAACCUCGGGGCGAAUUUGUUUUCCGGUCCUAUCCCUUCUGAUCUUCCAAAUUGCACGCAAAUGAUGACCUUAAUUCUUGAUAGGAACAAUCUUGUUGGUGAAAUACCCUCCAGCUUCAAGAACUUCACCUCCCUGUCCGGUCUCUUUCUCGCAAGUGGUGAGUCAAUGCCGUCAGAAGGAAUUCAAGGAUUCGCCAACAUGGAGGUCCUUAUCCUUGCGAUUUGUUCUCUUUCGGGUUCUAUCCCGUCAUGGUUGGCGAAUCUGACCAAAUUGAAGCUCUUGGACAUUUCCUGGAACUAUUUAACGGGCACAAUCCCUGUAUGGUUGGGAAAUCUCGACAAUCUCUUUUACCUGGACAUCUCAAAUAAUUCGCUCACCGGAGAAAUUCCUACAAGCUUAGCGCUUAUGAAGAGUCUCAUGUACAGUAACUCAUCGCAAGAAAGCGUGGCGUCACAAUAUUAUCCCUUCCUCAUAGGUAGAAAUUUCAGUGGAAAGAUGCUACUAUACAAUCGAUUUAGCAGCUUUCCACCAUCGAUAAUUUUGAGCAAUAAUAAGCUUGUUGGGUCGAUCUUGGCCGGGUUUAAUGGCCUUGCGAACCUCCAUGUGUUGGAUUUGAGUUUCAACGAUAUCUCAGGGACUAUACCCAAUUUGGCGGGCAUGUCAAACUUAGAAAGCUUGGAUUUGUCGCACAAUCAUCUCACCGGUAUCAUACCACUCUCUUUAACUAGGUUGAAUUUUCUUUCCAGCUUCAGUGUAGCAUAUAACAACUUAACCGGGCAGAUUCCAACGGGAGGCCAAUUUGAUACGUUUAAUGAUCCAUCAAUUUACAUGGGUAAUUAUUAUCUUUGUGGACCUCCGACUAAAAACAUCUGUUCCAAAGAAAAAACAAACUCUUCUGCUAAAGCAGAAGGAAACUAUGAAACUGAAACAACUUGGUCAUAUUUUGGAAUGGGACUCGGAUUCGCCGUUGGAUUAUGGGGUGUGUGCGGACUCCUAAUAUUCAAAAAGUCUUGGAGUGAUGCUUAUUUUCAGAUGAUUAAUAAGUUAUUCGAUAAAAUAUAUGUGAUAAUAGCAGUAAAUAUGCGAAGGUUGAAUAGACGAGUAUGUGGAUGAUGAAGACCAUAUUCUUCAAGUUAUUAGUUUUCGAGUUUGUAAAUUAUUCCUGUUGUAUGGUGUUUCUUAUUUUUAUGUUGCAUGGGAUUUCUCAUUGUAAAUUCACAACUUA